GGAAAAAUAAGACGUUCUGGAAGGAGGAAAACAAGACGUUUAGUACCAUGUCCCGGUGAUUUACGAACUUAAAUCUCUUUAGAAACACUCUUUGAUUAAGUGUGUGAGUUUAAGUCGUUUGACAUUAAGUUAAAGCUUCGUUAUAAGCCGUUUUUAAACGAUGGCGUCGCCGCUGCAGAUGACAGAGAUGUACGACAACGCGCUGCUGGGGAUCCUGCAGCACGCUGGAAACAUACAAGACUUUCUGCACAUCUAUUUUGGGUUUUUGUAUCGCAAGACAGACUUUUAUCGCCUGCUGUCGAGUCCCAACGACAAGAUGGGUUUCCCCCCCGGUGUGGCGGAGAAGAUGGUGCUCAAGGCGUUCAAGUUGUUUGAGAAGGUGGCGGAUCACGACCGAGAGCGACACAUGAGCGAGCUGCAGAAGAGAGACGAGAGUAAGAGCGUCGUUCCUCCUCCGGCGGUCCAGGAGCUGGAGAUCCAGUCCGAGUCUCAGGAGGAGGAGACGCGAGGGCCGAGGGCGGAGGCGGGGGCGGAGCAGACGGAGAGCUCGGCAGUCUCGGCUCCUCCAGCAGCGACGGCCAGACCUCAGAGCGGCAGCAGCAGCGGUGCUAGCGGUGUUAGCGUUAGCAGUGUUAGCGGUGUUAGCACUAGCGGUGCUGCUGCAGGACAGUCGGCACGCGGAGAUCAGGCAGCUGCAGCCGCCACAAAGCCAACAGACGAGAAGGAGGAUAAAUGUCAGGUGGAGUCUGACAGUUAUAACGGAGCAGUGAGAGAAAAGUACAGCUGGUCUCAGGAUUACACCGACGUGGAGGUCCGAGUGUCCGUGCCAAAGACCGUCGUUAAAGGCAGACAGGUCAGCGUCAGUCUGCAGACGGGCAGCGUCAGAGUGUGUGUGAGAGACGGAGCGGAGGAGAAAACACUGCUGGAAGGAGAAUUCACUCACAAGAUCAACACGGAAAACACUCUGUGGAGCCUCGAACCCGGAAGCUGCGUCGUCCUGUCCCUCAACAAAGCGUCAGAGGUUUGGUGGAACGCGAUACUGAAAGGCGAGCAGGAGAUCGACAUAAACCAGAUCAACCGCGAGCGCUCCAUGGCGACGGUGGACGAGGAGGAGCACGCCGUCCUCGACAGACUCUCCUUCGACUACCAUCAGAAGCUGCAGGGGAAGCCACAGAGUCAUGAAAUGAUGCCCAAAGCAUGCCCUUUUUACAACUCUAUUCUCUUCUAUGGGAGCAGGUGCAACGGUUCUUAA